UGUAUGAAUGAAUGACGAGUCUGAGGAAUCGAUUUGAAGGACGGGCCCUAGAUAAUUAUGGGUUUGUUCGCAAAGAUGGUUUUAAAACCAUUGACGAAGUGCAUCGAAGGCGGCGCGAGCAGAGAUGGGAAUUGAUGUACGGUCAAAAAAACUUCACUAAAACUAAUCAGUUGAAAAGGUUUUGCAGAAAAGGUGUCCCUAGAGACAAACGUGUCGCUGUUUGGUUGACUGUAUCUAAUACAGAGGGAGUAAACUACGAGCAAUCUUUCCAGUCGGCUUGCAGGAGUCCAUGUCAGUCGGAUUUCAAAAGUGUAAUUUUCGAGGAUCUGAGAAGAACUUUUCCCGAUAAUAGCGAGUUUCAUGGAGAGAACUCAGAAGCACUCAUGGCCUCUUUGAAAUUGGUGCUCGAAGCUUUUGCUUCCUUCAGACCAGAUCCCGGUUAUUGCCAAGGGAUGAACAGCAUAGCUGCCACUUUUCUGCUGUUGCGGGGGACGGAGUUGGACUGUUUCACUUUAAUGGACCGAGUUAUAUUUCACAUUGUGCCUCCUUCUUAUUACUCGUCGAACCUGAAAGGUCUCCGAGUUGAGCGACUUGUCUUCAAGUCUCUCAUUCGCAAGUAUUGCCCAGAGCAGUUCGCCAAAAUUGAGGAAUUCAGUGGGUUCGAGCUCUACUUUGACAAGUGGUUUGUCUGCUUAUUUAUAGACUGCCUUCCCAUGGAGCUUGCUUUGCGAGUUUGGGACAUGUUAUUUUACGAGUCCUUCAAAGUUUUCCAUCGAGCUGCGAUCACAAUUAUUCAUAAGUUGAAAGCUGAAAUUCUACGGACAAAUGACUUCAUGGUGUUAGCAGAGCUUUUUAGCUCUUUGAAGGACAACCCGAAGUUCAACAACUCUCAAGAUUUUGUGAAAGAAAUGAUGGGUUUGACUUCAAGUCUGAGCAGAGUAAGUGUAGAGAGACUUCGCAACCAGUUUACUCCGGUGGUUGAAAAAGAAAUUGAGGAGCAUGCAGAGAAGUCCAAGAAGAGAAGAGAGGAAUUGGCCAAGGAAAAAGAACUGAGACGAAAACAACAGUCUAGUAAUGGUGUCAGUAGUAAUAGUGUUAGUUAUCGCAACUCAUCUAGAGCGUCAACAGCGGUCAGAAGCGUCCCUCUCUAAAAGCACAUAUCUAGGUCUAUCCAACUUAUAAUCAAACUCCGAUAAUUUUUGGGGAUUUAAUUGCUAGCUAACAGCAGCUUUGCAUCAUCAGUAGUUGCUGCACCUGAACUUUUCAGGUUGUGACAAAUGGUAAACCACUUCAAGCUUUAUCGCAUAACAAUAUUUCAUUGAAGCUCCUUUAGUUUCAACUUCGAAAUAGUUCAGAUGUAUCAACUGAUGUGCAAUAAUGGAUCCAAAUUGUAUUCCUGAUAGCAUUCAUAGUUUCUGCCUCGUUUCAAUCGAAAAAUUCUCAGUGAACAUGUUCUACUUCAUAUGACCGCAUUUUGAAUUAUUAAGUAUGAUCCAUAGAUAACGUCAAUCCUGGUUUUAUGUCUAUUGUUGUUGGCAUUUUUGAUGAGGUGAAAAUGCGCUCUUGAUUUUGCGUUGGCAAAUUCACAACGGAUCUACAUCUUGUCCGUAUAAAGUUUCAUGUAGUGGUAAAAUCAAAAGAUUGUAAGAUGUUUUUGAUCCAACCAGGAUGUGUUCAGGAAAAAAGGAACUGAUGUUUUAGCUGAGCGAAUUUUUGAGACUCCGAAACCGUGGUUUUUAGAGGUAGAAUUGGUAUUCUCUCGUGCGCUUUUAAUUGUGCUUUUGCUAUUGGUCUCAUAGAGCAACACAUCAAAAGAAAAAAGAGUUCAAGCGGGCAGAUAUCCUA